ACGUGUGCCGGGUAUGCAAUAGACAGGGGCAUUUAAAGCGUAUGUGCCCGAAUAUGGCGGAGCAAUACGAAGUGCAUGCCAACACUGUGAUGAAGGACGAUAAUAUGUUCAGUGAAGAUAGUGAUGAGUUCCAGAUUCUCUGAAGUGUUUGCGGACGGCCUGGGGCGGUUCAACGGUGGCAAGGUCAGCAUCCACCUGCGCGCGGAUGCCCGGCCCAUGUUCCUGCGCGCGCGGCCGCUGGCGUACGCGCUGCGCGAGCCAGUGGAGCGCGCGCUGGACCAGCUGGUGCGCGACGGCGUGCUCACCCCCGUCGACCGCUCCGACUGGGCCACGCCUAUCGUGCCGGUGGUAAAAAAAGACGGUAACAUACGUAUCUGCGCUGAUUUUAAAUUGACCUUGAACCGGGUUUUGGAGGUUGAUCGUUACCCGCUACCUAGGGUGGAGGAUUUAUUGGCACGCCUGCACGGGGGAGAACGGUUUAGUAAGAUUGAUCUGUCGCAGGCCUACGCACAGUUUGAGCUGGAUGAGUCAAAAAAAUAUACGGUAAUAAAUACGCACAAGGGUUUAUUUAUGUAUAAUCGCUUAGUAUACGGCCUAUCAUCUAGCCCUGGGAUAUUCCAAAGACAUUUGGAACAAUUAUUUUCUGACCUGCCGCACGUGGGCGUAUUUUUAGAUGAUGUCAUUAUUACUGGUAGCAAUACGAAAGCUCACGUAGACAACUUAUAUAAAGUAUUUGAGCGAUUGCAGGCGUACGGGUUGCGGGUAAGGAAAGAUAAGUGUGCGUUCUUUGAGGAGUCGAUUAAUUAUUUGGGUCAUGUGAUUAGCAAGGAGGGCGUCCAUACGUGCCCGGAUAAGGUAAGGGCUAUCGUAAAUACGCCCGCACCUAGCAACGUGACAGAAGUUCGAGCGUUCAUAGGCAUGAUAAUGUAUUACGCGAAGUUCAUAAAAAACGUUAGUACAAUACUUACACCAUUGUAUAAUUUGUUAAAGGCUGGAGCUAAAUUUGUUUGGAGCGCGAGUUGUGAAGAAGCGUUUAUCAAGGUCAAACAAGUACUAACUUCGAGUGAAGUUUUGGUACACUAUUCGGGUUCCCUGCCAUUGGUUCUCACUUCAGACGCGUCAGGGGUGGGGAUAGGUUGCGUGAUAUCGCACCUCACACCGGAGGGCGAACGGCCGAUCGCUUACGCAUCGCGUACGCUCACCCCAGCCGAGCGGGGAUACGCACAGAUUGAUAGGGAAGCGCUAGCCUUAGUGUACGGUAUUCGCAAAUUUCAUCAGUAUUUGUACGGUCGUAAAUUUAUAUUGAGGACAGAUCACAAGCCACUCACGUAUAUUUUUGGCGAUAAAGUAGGCAUUCCGGUGAUGGCGGCGUCCCGUUUACAACGCUGGGCUAUUUUACUGUCAGGAUACAACUAUGAAAUUGAAUAUGUACCAUCGAAUAAAAAUUGUGCGGAUGCGUUGUCUAGGCUUCCACAGGGGGUCCAAGACCAGAGACAAAAACAGGAUGUGACUUACCUUAAUUUUGUCGAAGAUUUUUUGCCUGUUACUAACGAACAAGUUAAAACGGCCACGUCACGGGACUUAACAUUAAGUAGGGUGUUAUCGUAUGUGCAGUCGGGCUGGCCGACAUCGUGUCAAGACGAGGAGAUAAAACCUUUCUUAUUAAGGCGGCACGAGAUGUAUGUAGACCGAGGUUGUUUAAUGUGGGGUUACCGGGUUGUGGUGCCAACAAUUUUGAGGGAAACAGUUCUUAAGCAGCUGCACGUUAGUCAUAUGGGCAUAGUCAAGACUAAGGCCUUAGCUCGUAGUUACGUUUGGUGGCCCAAUAUUGACGCCGAUGUGGAGGCGCAGUGUAGGCAAUGUGAGACAUGCGCCGCGGAGGCGCCUGCACCGGCGCACUCGCCUCCGAGUCCUUGGCCGUACUCGACCCACGUGUGGAGUAGACUACACGUAGAUUUUCUGGGCCCUUUUAAGGGUAAAACGUUUUUAGUACUAAUAGAUUCGACUUCAAAGUGGCUGGAAAUAUUUGAAAUGCUUAGGACGAACGCAGGAGCAGUAAUUAAAGAACUAAGAGCAACUUUCGCGCGUUUUGGGUUGCCAAGACAAUUAGUAUCAGACCAGGGUCCGCCGUUUACCAGUAAUGAAUUUAAACACUUUCUUGACACGAAUGGGAUAAAACAGUCUUUUUCGCCAACGUAUCAUCCGGCGUCUAAUGGAGCCGCGGAGAAUGCAGUGAAAUUAUGUAAGCGCGCGAUUAGCAAAGCUAUUAGAGAACAUAUCGAUAUCGACGCGGCACUGCAGACAUAUCUCAUGGCGUACAGAAAUAGCAUGCAUAGUACUACGGGAGAGAGUCCGGCGAUGCUUUUGCAGCGGCGGUCGUUACGUUCGCGUUUGGACUUGCUCCGCAGCGAGGGGGCGCUAGAAGAGCGAGUCAGGUCGGUUCAGCAGCGACAGGUCGAACAUGCAGGUGGUACGCAACGUCAUUUCCGGCCGGGUGAUGAGGUCUGGGCUCGCGAUUACACCAAUAAUGAUAAGUGGGUUAAAGGUACGGUGCUGGGUGCCGAAGGUUCACGGAGAUACACCUUGGAUAGCGGUAGCGGUAAACCUAUUCUUAGGCAUAUUGAUCAGAUCAGACGCAGAUCUAGGUUAUCGACUGUACCCUGCCCUGAGGAACUCAGCGAGACUAGAGAGCGGUCGUCAGGGAAUGAGGACGGAGUCGCGCGCUCUAGCCAGCAGACGGAAGUGGGCGAGCAAAACGCACAACCGGGUCAAAACGAGGAAGUAACAAGGGCGGAAGCCAAUGAGACAAGUGUUGCUAGUGUGCCUCCCCCACGUCCGUCUCCACCGCCACAGCGUCGAUCCCCAUUGAACCUCAGGCCUUUACCAAACAGAAUUCGUAAACUGGAAAUAGAUUAAUUUUUAGGAGAGAAGUAUAGGUAAAAGUAAGGAAGGUUAUUAUAAGUGAGUAGAUAAUAGAUACAAAAUAGUUUAAAAACAAAUAGUUGUUUCAAAAGAACUUCAUGUUUAUUAUUGUUAUAAAUUACUGUAAGAUUUAAAGAUUAAGAAGGGAGGUGUGAUAUAUGUGUACCAACUUAUAUGUAUGUAUGUGGGUACGCCUAUAUUACUUACUUAUGUAUAGAUAGGGUAGUUAUAACCAUUCAGUCUCGAAUUAAACCUCAUACGAAUCGAAUCAAGUGUUUGUGUCCAAUACCUAGAUUCCAGCC